CGCCGAUUACGCUUAUCAUCACAUCACAAUCAUGCAGUAGACACACAUCUACACUCACAUUUCAAGCAAACCUGUGUGUUUGUGUUAUUGUCAGAGAUGCUGAACCAUGCGUAUAAACAUGGAGAAGUGCGAUCUUUUGUCGUCAUGCAACUAAACAUUUCAUCGGAGAUUUUGGAGAAGUACGUCCGAGUUGUGAAUGAAUGAUGCAAAAUGCAAGCUACACUGAAUACGGGUCAUGGAAAAUCUAGAAAAUUUGGCAGAUUGCAAGGAGACCGUGUCUCCACUAAACAAUUCAGGGUCUAUAAUGAACAGCACCGAACCCCAUUGUGAUGGGAAAGCCAUGGGGUUUGUGCUGGUACACGCAGGGGCAGGGUAUCAUUCGGAAUCCAAAGCCAAGGAAUACAAACAUGUGUGCAAGAGAGCUUGCCAGAAAGCAGUGGACCGGCUCAGAGCUGGAGGAUUGGCACUGGAGGCUGUGACAGCAGCUCUUAUAGAGCUAGAGGACUCCCCAUUCACCAAUGCGGGUACCGGUUCCAACCUGAACCUUUCGGGUGAGAUCGAGUGUGAUGCCAGCAUCAUGGAUGGCAAAUCGUUAAAUUAUGGAGCUGUUGGUGCUUUGAGUGGAAUCAAAAACCCUGUGCUGGUGGCUAGAAGACUAUUGAGUGAAGCUCAGAAAGGAAAACUCUCGGCUGGUAGGAUCCCUCCCUGUUUCUUAGUUGGCAUAGGAGCAGAACAAUGGGCAAUCAGCCACGGUAUCCCAGCAUGUCUGACAGAUAAGAUGACCACCAAGUUCAGUUUGUCGGCCUACAAAAGGAACAAGAGGAAGAUGGAGCUUGCGGAGCAGGUGGAGACGAAGAGAAGACGACAAUCAAGUGGACGGGGGAACGAUUUUGGCUGCUUGGAGGGUGUCACAGACAUCAUGGCGGAAGGUGAGGAGAACAAUUCAGCUUGUCUGGACACGGUUGGGGCGGUGGUGGUGGAUCGGGAAGGGAAUGUGGCCGCAGCCGUAUCCAGUGGGGGACUGGCAAUGAAACACCCGGGCCGGGUAGGACAGGCUGCUCAUUAUGGGUGUGGCUGCUGGGCUGAAAACGGCCGUGAUGUCAGUCUUUACUCUACAGCUGCGAGUACCUCAGGCUCCGGAGAGCACCUGAUUCGCACCAUUUUGGCCAGAGAAUGUUCGACUGCCAUGCAGGCUGAGAACGCACACCAGGCUCUACUGGAGGCUAUGCAAAAUAAAUUCAUCAGCUCGCCGUUCCUGGCCGGCGAGGACUGUGUUCUGGGUGGGGUGAUCGUUCUGAGGUGCUGCACGUGUGGAGAAGCGCAGAAUUCUGAAGACAUCAAGGCUCUAAUGGUGGAGUUUCUGUGGAGCCACACUACAGAGAGCAUGUGUGUUGGAUACAUGUCGGCCCAGGACAGCAAAGCCAGGACUCGCAUAUCUAGACUUCCUCCUGGAGCAGUGGCAGGACAGUCGCUGGCAAUCGAAGGUGGAGUUUGUCGACUUGGAACGGGGAGCGACUGAAGUUGUGUGAAAUCACUCUCUAUUUCUGCAGCAAUAUGCCAGCACUAGGACCUUUGUAGCAAGGGCUUGGCAUUGUCAUUGUAGGAUGCAAUUAUAAACAGGGAAAAUGGUUGCAAUACAUCUUUACUUCCAUUGUUUGUCUUCUUUUUCUUUCUUGCACACAUAUAAUCUUUUUACAGUAUAAUUAUUUAUUCAAUUCUCUUAUAAAACCAGUUUGUUCCCAAUUCAUAUUACAUUCGAAGGCCGUCACCUGUUUUACUGUCACUUGAUAAGAGGGCCAAAGUCAGCAUUGAAGGACAUGCCAAGUGCACUUCAGGACUAGUGCCCUGCUCUGGUUUUAGCGGGCUUCCAAGAAACUUCUCAGCUUCUAGUAUGCGCUGGACAAGACUUGAUCUAGUCGUUCCUUUGGAAUAUGCACCGUCCUUUUGUAAAUAAGCUAUGGGAUGUUAAAACAGGGUGUCAUUAAUGUUACUUAUGUUUUCAUACUUGUCAUUUGAUAUUAGUUUUACUAUUACGUACAUUUUAUAUAUAGCUGAGACUGCUUGUUUUGUGAAAAAGGUUAGUUUAGUAACUCGAAAUAAAGUUCAGGUUUGGAGAUUUUACGUUGUGUGCUUGAAGUCUGGUUGAGUAUAUACGCAGCAUAGUUUACUGGAUUAAAUCCUUUUGAAAAUGACGGGAGUCGCCUUUUUUCAUUUAUAUAAGAGUUUAGCUAUUAGAGUUUUGUUGAAGAGUUGGACUAUAAGAAAAUCGAACUAUAUGCACUAUGUUUAAAACAGGUUCAUGUUUGACGGUUUUGCUACAAGUUUGUUUUGCAUUUAGAUCGCAGUAAGAGAUUCCAGCGAGACUAGAUGCACAUGCACUUUCGCCUAGCGUCUUACUAAUUAGCACUACUUGUACUAACUGCACUGCUUGCUAGUGUACUAAGCAAACUACGUGCCCACUUCCCUUUAUCGGGGCAUGAUGAGCAAUCCAAGUAUGCUUUUCGUUUGCAUACCUUUAGUUCACUUGACCCUUGAAAGCUGCAUAGUGCACUUCUGUGCUUGAGCUGCACAAACAGGUGAACAGCUUUGUGUUUUCUAAUGCAUAAUGUGUAGUGCUCAGGAGAUGCAAGGGGACUGCAAAAAGCAAGAUUAAAAAGACUGUUAGUCCAUCUUUGAGAAUGCAAAAUAUAUUUGUAAGCAGAUGAAAAAGGUCUGUAUUUUAUAACGGCAGAAGAAUGAGAGGAGGUUAAGGGGUGAUGUUUAUUGAAUUGAUGUUAGAGGUGAUCUUGAGGUUUAGAUCUUUCGUUUUUAGUUAAAUCUCUUGCAGUACUGUAGAAAUAUGUAAUGCAUAUAUGCUUAUUUUAGUUUUACUCGACUUUGCAUUUAUUAUGAAAUGUCUGUAAACGUUUGCAACAGCAGAUUGUAAUAACCUCCUGCUCUUAUAAUGCUCAAUAAAACUGAGACAUGGUGUAAAGCUGUCAA